AUGCAGUCCCCAAGCAAUGAGUCGGAUUCGCCGGGGCUAGGAUCAGAGCAGAGCUACCCCCCACGCAUCUGUCGCAUCUGCUUGGAAACCGUGCUGCCAACCCUACAACCAUCAGAAUUUCUCCAGAGACCUCGUGUGGUGUAUGAAUCUGAAGAUCCAGAACUAGGUCGCUUGCUACGUCCAUGUAAAUGCAAAGGCUCCUCGCGUUAUGUCCACGAAGGAUGUCUUCAAGCAUGGCGCCACGCUGACCCCGGGUAUGGUACUCGAAACUUCUGGCAAUGCCCAACAUGCGGAUUUCAAUAUCAGCUCGGGCGUUUGACAUGGGCUCGAUGGAUCAGUAGUACAGCCACACAGAUCUCUCUCACAAUUGCAAUCUUAUUCAUCACAAUAUUCUUACUUGGUUUCAUUGCUGACCCUAUCAUUGACUUUUACCUUGGGCCUAUUGACGAUAUAUACGACGAGAUUGUCAAUGAAGAUGCCUCAUGGCUUGAACAUUUCGUCAAAGGCUUCGCUACGCUUGGUCUUGCUUCGUUCCUCAAAGCAAUUUUUACCCUUUCUCCGUGGCAUUGGAACCUGCGUACUGUAACGAAUGGUCGUUCCACUGGUCGCAACCGACUUGCCGCCUUGAACUGGGUGGUUAUUGUUGCAGGGGUUGGCACUUUUCUCUGGACUGUUUACAAAGGUGUAAGAUCCUGGAGUAAACGAACCCUAGAAAAGGCUGGCGAGAGAGUCAUGGACGUCCCACUGGAAGAGGACGACGAUGAUGAUCUAGAAGUUAAACCCGAGGAUUCUCAUCAUUCCAAGACGGAUUAA